AUGACAAGGAGCCGUUCCCGCAGCUUUUCGCAGCGUCGUGCUUCACAAUCCGAGGAAAUAGAGCGUAUUGAAAUUGAUUCGGACGAUGAAUACCAAAACAGGGGGGCACCCAUGCGGAAGGACGGUUCGUCAUCGCUUCCUGACGGCGGCUUCUCAGCAUUGGCGGAGGAGCAACAGGAUGAGCUCGUGAAACGCGUGAUUCGUUUAAUGAUCUGUCGAAACGCGGAGAAGAGGCCCGUGAAGCGAGAAGAACUAUCUAGACAUAUGUUUGCAAACAUGGCGCCUGUCAGAUCGAAGAGUAAGGUCUUCCAAGGCACAUUCAACGUCGCUCAGCAGAAGCUUCGCAGUAUAUUUGGAAUGCAGAUGGUUCUUAUUCAGAGGCAAGUGAAAGCAAAUCAGUCCGCAUCAUCACGCACGCAGACACAGUUGACGCAAAGCGGGCCCGUCGGGACGAAGGGAUACAUCUUGGUUUCAGUCCUCCCUCCAGAGUUGCGUGCGGAAGAGAGGAAGGACAGGGCCGGGUUUGGUUUUCUCAUGGUAGUGGCGGGAAUGAUACUUCUUGAGCCUGGAUGUCGCAUCGAGCAGGGAGCGUUGUACAGGGCUUUAGGAAGAGUCGGGGUGCACGUCACAGAAAAGAAUGGUCACCGCCAGCUAAACGGUGGAAAUGUUAAAGAAUUGCUGGAAAGUACGUUGUUGAGACAGUGGUAUCUUGAACGAGAAAAGGAGGACCAGACGUUUUACUUCAUGCUUGGACCAAGGUUUCGCGCAGAAAUUGGCCCUGAAGACCUCGUGGAAUUUGUCGGUGCGGUGUAUAACUUGAGCGACUCUAAAACUGGAGGCUUGGAUGAGACUUCAAAGUCGGAAUUGCGAAAGAGACUGGAUGACACGAGCGGGAUAUCGCAAGAAGAUGUGGAAGGGGAGGAGGAGGAUUGAAAUUGAGGGUCACAUUGAUUUGAAGAGCUCUUAAAUUUACAUCUGGUAUAACUACAUUGAAUUGAGCAUCACUCUCACAAACGUAGUUACGUUGGGUCAGGCUACUGAGGAAAAGAUAUGACAUGGGCAUUGGUUUGAGUACGUGACGGUAUAGUAAUGUGGAGUCAGUUGCAACUGAAAUCGAAGGGGACAGUGAGGGUGUCGGGGCAGACAGAUUACUUUGAAGCGCGGAUGUAGUUGGGGAAGAAUUGUAUUGGUCGCACGGGAAAACAAUGGUGAGGGUAUGGAGGCUCUCUGAGGUGCAGUGCAGAAGACGUAGGGACGAGCAGCACGGGUAUCGAUACGUAAGGUUGAACUUGGAAUGCCAGCAGGCAGAAUGAGAAAGCGCAGAAAACUGAUCUAUUUUGACCGAAA